UUGAAAACUGGCAGUUGACUUCGAGCCCUUUUUUUUUUACUUUGCUGUGUCUGCUGCCAAGCCCACCAGAAGAAGAAGCAUUCCGUUCACCAGGGAUUACUGACAGCAGAAACACGUUUCAGAUGGAGGAAGAGGAACAUACAGACAGAAAGCAGCAGCUUGCCAUGCUUUAUCAAAAGCUCAAAAAAAUUAAAAAGUCCCUCAAUGAAGAUGACACGGACAAUAUUAAUCAGGUCAUCAGCUCCAACUUGCCCGAAUCAUGCCUCGCAUAUUUAAUGGACCUGGAGAAGAAGGGGGACCCUCACUCAGAUCAUAACCACCUCACCAAGCUCUUUGACAGUUAUACCAGAGUGUUCUCUAAUAUGCCUCUGCUAAAACAUUGUCAGAAUGAGAGCUACGCCAGAAUGUUGGUCAGAUUUGCAGAGCUGAAAGCAAUUCAAGACAUCAAUGAGGCGGACGCCAACUUCAACGUGGCAACAUCCAACAGCCAGAACUUUGCAUUUGUCCACAUUGCACAUGCAAAGUUUGAACAUUCUCGAGGCAACACAAAGAGAGGCAUUUACAUAUUGCAGGAGGCAAUCGAAGUGGACGCCAAGCCAAAGGAACUGCUGGAGGCUGCCUUGCAGAGCAUGCAGGCAGGAAAAACACAACCGUUUUAUUCAGAAGAUAAGGAAAAUCUUCCAUCAUUGCCAAACAGUAAUGUACCCGAUUCUGUCAAAAAAGGCUCAGAAUUCCCAAAAGUAAGCAGAAUGUCGGAUGGGACAGGCGACUUGCAGCUCUCCAGUAUUUUUGCUUCAGGCAUGGAGCCCCUCAGCGGAUCAGAUGACCAACUACCAGCCUGGAGAUCAGGAUCUCAACGCCAGAGAGCAGCUGGGAUGCCAAGGAGAGUUCCUGUGGUUCCUUUCUCCAUCCCGGAAAAGGAUGAUGAUGACGACCACAUUAGUGAGAAGCUUUCUACAAGAAGCGAUGCACCAGUUCCCAAUAGUUUGUCCAGGCAAACUUCUGCUUCCAGUGUGAACUCGGGGGUCGGGCUGUCCUCAAAGAAAGCUGCUGUCGAUCGGGAUGUUCAGCCAUCAGUCCUCAGUCCGGCUCAGUGUCUGUGGGAGGACCAGGCCGCUGUGGACUCCACCACCACACUUCUUCAUUCACAUCAUACUAGAGACUCUUCUAGACUAGAAGAUGUAACCUAAUUUGAUCAGGUCAUCAGUUCCAAGUCUCCUGAGUCGUGCUGGACGUACCUCACAAACCUGGAGAAAAGAGGAAACCCUCGCACAGACAUCAGCCUCCUUAAUAAGCUGAAGGACUGUUAUUCUAAAGUCUUCUCCAGGCUGCCAAUCAGACAGUACAGCAAAGACACCAGCUAUGCCAGAAUACUAGUCAGAUACGCAGAACUGAAGGGGAUUGAGGACCCAGAUGAAGCAGAGGACCACUUCAUAGUUGCCAGAUCCAACUGUAAAGGCUUCGCUUUCGUCCACAUAGCACAUGCACAGUUUGAGGUCUCUCAAGGGAAUGUGAUCAAAGCUACUUCAAUUCUGCACAAAGCCCAGGUGUUGAAGGCCAGACCAGCGGAGCUCCUGGACGUGUCCAUCCGUAACCUUAAAGCUGGAGAGAAGCAGCUGCUUCCCAUCCAGGCAGAGGAACCGUCCACAGAUUUUCAAACAGGAGCUCCAACAGUGGCCUCCUGUGAGGGGAACCAGGAGGUGCUUCUUCCUGGUCGGCUUCCUGUAAACCGCUCAGUGGAUCAGCCACAGCCUGCGAGCAAGGAGCCUUUAUCAGAGUGGAAGAUCCCAACGCUGGUCAGCCGCCAUGUUUCUCCAGAGGAUAAACGGACAACACCUCCUGACCCCAGACCAGUUCCCCGUUUGGCGGAGUCUUUUCGAACUCCGUCCCUCCAACUUCCAACCAGACUGAACCCACAAACGGUCUGCCAGACGCCCAACAGCUACAACAACCCCGGUGCUAACAGCGUCAUUACUCCUGUUGUAAAGAGAGGCCAUGAAGUGUCUUCAUCUGCAGGAGCGGCACACAGAGCUGGACCUGUUCAGCAGCCGUGCACACCAGUAAACCAGCCGCCAUGUUUCCAGACUCCACAGGCUCCCCUCAGUGCGUUUUCAAAUGAUUCCAUUACCAUUAAGGGAAGGCAGUUCUUCAUCCUCAAGAUGAUUGGACGUGGCGGAUCGAGCAAGGUCUACCAGGUCCUCGACCACAAAAAGCAGAUGUUUGCUGUGAAAUAUGUCGACCUGGAGGAGGCUGAUGCUCAGACAGUAGAAAGCUACAAAAAUGAAAUUGAGCACCUGAACCAUUUGCAGCAGUACAGCGAUCAAAUCAUAAAACUCUAUGACUAUGAAAUAACCCACAGCUACAUCUACAUGCUGAUGGAGUGUGGAAACUUGGAUCUGAACGCUUGGCUGCGAAAUCGUAAAACUGUGAACCCCCUGGAGAGGAAAUACUACUGGAAGAACAUGCUGGAGGCCGUCCAGAUCAUCCACAAACACGGAAUCGUCCACAGUGACUUAAAGCCGGCAAAUUUUGUCAUCGUGAAUGCGUCGCUGAAACUGAUCGACUUUGGCAUCGCAAACAGAAUCCAACCGGACGUAACGAGCAUUAUGAAGGAUUCACAAGUAGGAACUCUGAACUACAUGCCUCCUGAAGCCAUCAAAGACACUUCAUCCCAGCCAGGAAAAGCACGCUCAAAGAUCAGUCCCAAAGGUGACGUGUGGUCUCUUGGGUGUAUACUGUACUGUCUGACUUAUGGGAAGACUCCAUUCCAGAGCAUCACCAACCAGAUCACCAAGCUGCACGCCAUCAUCGAUCCUUCUCAUAAGAUCGAGUUUCCUGACAUCUCAGAGAAGGAUUUGCUGGAUGUGUUGAAGAGGUGUUUAGUACGAAACCCCAGAGAGAGAAUCUCUAUUGCAGAGCUGCUGGAGCAUCCAUAUCUGCAGCUGAAGCCACAAGCAUCGCCUGAACCAGAACAUCCAUCUACCAGUGACCUCCAGAGGAUCCUAACAGACCUGGCAGCUCUGCAGUCUCCAAGCAGCAUCAUCAGAGCUGCUAAUAAUUUGGCGAGAAUGUGCAGCAGCGGCAGGAAGCUGGAUGUUGCGGAGUGUGCAAAGUCAUCAUCUUAGCUCUCCUGAAAAAAUGUGGAUUUUUCCUUAUGAUACCCUCUGAACCACUUAAGCACAGUUUACUGUUGUAAACAGUCAAAACCGACAAGUUUUUAUUGGUAUGUUUGUUUCCUUGGAAAAAAAAUCGUUAUAUUGCUUCAUUUUUUAGUGAUAUUAAAUGUAAGAAUAUGCAGUAUAUAGCAUAGUCAAAUAAACAUGUAUUCAAAUAAACAUUGUAGGUUUAUUUAUUACAGCUGAGCGUUGCCCUCUGACAUGCUCACUGAAACUCAGUAUUGAAAUAGUACAGCAGAAAAAAAGAGGCUGCUUUAGCAACAACAUCUCAAGAAUUCCCAUUUUCUUGAAGUCGCAGCCAUCUUGAAGAUGCAGUGAACCAGUGACAGUCUCAAAACCAGAUUCAGUUGGUCUUCUAGCACUUACACUGAAAUGGAUUCACAAACGAUAUCUGAGUCACUUCUAUGUCCAGAAAAAGCAGCAGCUAGAGACCCCGGCUAGAGACGGUCUUCAACAUGUUGAUGUAGUAUUCAGCACACUGCUAAAUUAUUGCAUAAAUAUUCAGUACUCCUUGGUUGGACCAGAUCCAUCUUCAAAACCGGUCCUUCAUUUUGUAGAAUUAAAAUCCAGGGUUGAUGAUUACUUGUCAUACAAAUAAUUAACAAGAAAAGCACACAGAGCACAGUACUCCAUCAAGGUAUGAUUUCUGAUCAAUGAAAUCUUUUUAAAAAUUUGUGGUCCUCAGAGGUGGAUCUGUAGUAGGAUCACAAUCAGCUGAUGUAGUGUUCACUGGUUGUCAUGGUUACAGUGACGCUGUGAUGCUGUCUGUCAAUGAUACAGAAAUCUUUAACAAAUCCGUGGAUCCAGACUAUAAACUGCAUCACUGACAGAAUCUGAUCACUUGGUCCUUGAGUCAUUUCUGAUCUUCCCUGAGAAUUUCAUCCAAAUCCGUUGGCCUGUUUUAGAGUAACGUUGCUGACUGACAGAUCGUCACAUGACUGUUCUGUUCCUUGGCAGAGCAGUUAUGAAUAAUUUUAUGUGAAGUAAAGUUAUUCCAACAUUUAUGCAAAGAAUGAUCCGAGCUCAGGCUGCACAGUGUCAUAGUGGUUAGCACUUCCGCCUUGCAGCAAGAAGAUCCCCGGUUCAAAUCCCGGCCAGGGCCUGGGAUCUUUCUGCAUGGAGUUUGCAUGUUCUCCCUGUGCAUGCGUGGGUUUUCUCCGGGUACUCCGGCUUCCUCCCACAGUCCAAAAACAUGCUGAGGUUAAUUGGUUACUCUAAAUUGUC